AAACCUACUGUUUACUGCUUCUUCGAUUAUAUAUUUCUCAGGACAACAAGUGGUAACAAAAGUAUCCUCUCGUAUUUUAUUGCUUUAUCGCGCACACUAUACUUAUUAGCUUUCUUGCUACAAGCUCAACAUUCUAGAAACGACGACGUUUCGAAAAAUUAUAUCAGUAAACGUGAGAUUUUGUUUCUGUUUUUGUCCGUGUUUUUUAUAAACAAUUGAUAUUGAUACUCUGCGCCCGGUAAGGUGUAAACAGCCGCAUUUGCGUCAAGGAGAAUCGGCGCGCGCCUUUGUUAUGGCGAUUACGUACUUUUAGCACAAACAGCUGAUUCGGCGAGUGUUUUCCCGCGUGGUGUGUGCGUGUAAUGCACGUAUGCGCGAUUCGUGUGGCGGUGCGACGAAUUAAAAAAUUUCGCGAGAAGUGGUCGAUUUUUCGCAGGUGUCCCCGGUACGGUCCGUUGACACGAGGAGCAUUUCGUUUGAAAUAAGAUUCAUUGACGUGUCCUAAAUGACGUAAUUGGUUGACGAGACGGAGAAACGGCAUUCUCACGAAUGUCCACGUACGUAUCAGGUGCGAUCAAUUGCGCGCUUUGCGGUGCCCUGAGAGGGCGAUGAGCACACGUUCUAAGGUCACGUUACCACCGGUGUUGAUUUUGUAAUGAGACUCCGCGUUUGAAUACCGUCCGCCGACAACCAUGGAGUCCAACAGGGGAGUCGUGUUGCUGUUGUUCCUGGCGUUUUUCCUGUCGUGCACCGCGGAAUUGGGCAGCGGCGCGAAAAAGCGCGGUGACAUCACGCAGAAGUCAAACUCCAACGAGGAAACCGAAAAAGAGGAGGACAUCACCGUCGAAGAGAUCGAGAAUACGUUUGAGCAGCUGCGCGAACUCGGUGCUCUGCACGAUACGAUACUGAAGCUUGCGAUUGCUGAUCCGAUUCACGAGAAGAUCGGCAAGCAGAUCAGCAAGAAGGAUGGUGCCGAGAGCAAGACGGAGACCACCAGCAAAGAGACUUUGGACAACUCAGCGGUGAAGAAUGUGUGGUCCAUGAUAAGCCAAGCGAAAGACAUAGAGCCUCUGGAUAUCAGAGGAAGGCAUUUGGAUGAGGAAGAUAUAGAAUCCUGGGAUGAGGAUGUGUAUGAAUUGGAGGAGGAGAUUCAAGAACCAUUGUCACCUGAAGAGCAAGCAGCUGAGCAACUAUACAAGAAUGCGCAAACCAUUUUGGGUGCAAUGCGCGCUAACAAGUCCGAGGGCUACCAGUUGCUUAUCGAGGCGGCAAAGUUGGGUCACCGAGAAGCCAGAUCUAUGUUGGCUUGGGCGAGAUUACUCGGAAGUCGCUUGGGUUCUACUACCUUGAGAGUAUCUGUUGAUAAUAUUCCCAGUAUAUUUGAGACGUUCAAGGAGCUUGCUGAUACUGGACUCCCAUCUGCUCACAUGGGACUUGGAUUCUUGUAUGCUACUGGUAUUGGCGGCGUUAACGCAUCUCAAGCAAAGGCAUUACUCCACUACACUGUGGCUGCUCUGGGCGGAGACACGCGGGCGCAGAUGGUCAUGGGUUAUCGGAAUUGGGCGGGUGUAACGACGCCUACUUCGUGCGAGCGAGCACUGGACUUCUAUCGAAAAGUCGCGAAGAAAGUCGCGGAGGAAGUAUCGCUGAGCGGCGGUCCGGUCGUGCAGCGAGUGCGAUUGUUGGACGAACACGAGAAUCCGGGUUACAGUUCCGGGAUCUUCGAUCAGGAUUUGAUAGAGUACUACCAGUUGUUGGCUAAGAAGGGCGAUACUCAGGCGCAAGUCGGUCUCGGUCAGCUUCAUUAUCAGGGUGGUAGAGGAGUGCCUUUGGAUCACGAAAGAGCUGUGCAGUACUUCCAACAAGCUGCCGACGCCGGCAAUCCAGUAGCGAUGGCUUUCCUCGGAAAGAUCUAUUUGGAAGGAAGCGAAAUUAUCAAGCAAGACAACGAAACAGCAUACAAAUUUUUCAAAAAAGCCGCCGAACUGGGCAAUCCAGUUGGCCAAAGCGGAUUGGGUCUCAUGUAUCUGUAUGGAAUGGGAGUAAAGAGAAACACUAAUAAGGCGUUGGCGUACUUCACUCAAGCAGCAGAGCAAGGCUGGGUUGAUGGACAGUUGCAAUUAGGCAAUAUGUACUUCAGUGGUAUAGGCGUGAAACGAGAUUACAAAAUGGCAAACAAGUUUUUCAAUUUAGCCAGUCAAUCUGGUCAUGUGUUGGCUUACUAUAAUCUCGCACAGAUGCACGCCACUGGUACCGGACUGAUGAGAAGUUGUCCGACAGCUGUGGAAUUGAUGAAAAACGUCGCCGAACGAGGAAAAUGGAGCGACCAGUUGAUGGUGGCGCAUAACGAUUACCGAGAAGGCAGAAUAAACGAGGCGUUCUUAAAUUACGCUCUUUUCUCCGAGAUGGGUUACGAGGUCGCGCAGAGUAACGCGGCAUUUAUCUUAGACAGAGGAGAGACUGACGUUUUGUCGGAAGAGGAAGGCUUGAUCAGAGCUCUGGCGUUGUGGGCGCGUGCUGCCGCGCAAGGAUAUUCCGCGGCUCAGGUUAAACUCGGUGACGCGCAUUACUACGGCAGAGGAACGAAGAUCGAUUACGAGGCCGCCGCGAGUCACUACCGUUCAGCUUCCGAUCAGGAACAGAACGCCCAAGCUAUGUUUAAUUUAGGAUACAUGCACGAGCGUGGUUUGGGCCUGGCCAAGGAUCGUCACCUGGCCAAACGGUGCUACGAUCUGGCCGCGGCGUCCAGUCCGGACGCACGAAUACCCGUAGCGCUGGCUCUGAUAAAGCUCUCCUUCCUCUUCGGUCUGGAUUACAUACAAGAAUUCAGUUUAGUCGAUCAGUUGGACAAGUGGGAUCAACUGCUCGGACAAAACUGGGAUUUGUAUCUUAUCGGAUUUCUCACAGGAAUGCUUAGUCUUAUUGUAUACUUCCGCAGACCACAGCCACCUCCCCCACCGAGACCUCCUGUUAACUAAAUUUAAAUUUUGUACUUUCGAUUCAACUCUAUUGCGUAUAUAUAUAUAUA